UGCUGCGGUAGCGACGAGCGGAGCGGUAAUCAGAGCGCUAAAACGAGCUUCUCCUCACAAAAUCGCUUGUUUUGGACACAGUUCACUGGAAAACGGCGACAAGCCGGCGAUGGGGAAGACGCUGUAAUUGGCGUGGGUCGUACACUCGCAAAAGAUUGGGAAGCGCGACGAGCCGGAGCGCCGUGUUUUCAGUUUUAUUUUCCCUCAGAAGACAUCUCAUCUGUGUACCUGCCUGUCCCGCGGGCUCAGCUGCUCGCGACUUCGGAAUUGAAACGCACCGCAGCUGCACUUUCCACACAAAUGCUUCACUUGACACGUGAAAGGAAGGCUAUAUUAUGUAGUAUGACUAUCACGCAGUGAGGAAUUCCCGCUCGUUGCUGCAUUGGGGCGUUAUUUCACGGACACUCGGAGGGCCGCCUGCCCCCCCCUCCCCAAGCGCUGCUAGCUAACGGCUGGAAGAACACGGCAAAGCGCGCGCGCGCGUGUAAAGUGAGACCGAAGGGUGUUCGAAGUAGCUCCAUGGGGGAGCGUCUCGCCGCUCAGUAAAGGACUCUCACUCGGACUGGCAACAGAAAUGACCACAGGCCGCAGCUGCUUCCGAUAGGAGCGCCGUAACAUGAGAGCUCGUCGUGUCCCUUUACGAGCGGGUAGCUGUUCGUAAGUCGGGAGCGCGCGCGAUGCGGGGGGUCUAGCGGCGAGGCGAGGGACAUGAUGGCCUUGUUGGUUUAGCUCGAGCGCCGCACCACAAAGAGACGGAGGACAGACGAGCCGAGGAGGCGGUGGAGGUGUCGCGUCGCGGGAACAUACGUGCAGCUGGGCGUCCGCAGGCGCACGUGGCGUGCGCGAUGAUGACGCACGAGCGGAUGGAGCUGGACCUGGAGAUGCCGUCAUCGGGCGCCCAGAGCGACAGCCACCUGAAACGGUCCAACAGUGCGCCGAUGAUCAACGGCAUGAGUGACCACUCCCAGGUGUUCCAGAGGGACGUUAUCCGGUGCCGACGGAACAGCACCACCAUCAUGAACAGGCCCACCGUGGUUCCGUCCUCUCCCAUCCGGAUCCCCAUCUCGAGGCUCCAUCAGCUCAAGCAGGAGGAGCGAGUGGAUUUGAUGAACAGGGAGACGGCCCAUGAACGGGAGGUGCAAACAGCCAUGCAGAUGAGCCACUCAUGGGAAGAGAGUCUCAGUUUGAGUGAUAAUGAUUUUGACAAGUCCUCGUCUUCCUCGCCGAAACGGAUUGACUUUGUGCCGGUGUCCCCUGCUCCAUCCCCCACGAGGGGGCUAGGGAAAAAGCAAUGCUUCUCCCCCUCGCUGCAAAUCCUGGUGAGCAGCAGCGGACCAAGUCCUGUACCCAGCCCUACGCGCCGCUUCAGUAGGAGGAGCCAGAGCCCCAUUAACUGCAUCAGACCCAGCAUUCUGGGGCCCAUCAAGAGGAGAGCAGGGGAGGCUGAUAUUGAAAUGGAGAACCAGCCCAAGAGACUCUUCCAAGGCACCACAAGCAUGUUGUCCCCAGAGGGACCCCACCUAUCAGACCUCAGUCCCUGCCUGACUGCAGACCAGCUGGAUGGAAGCCUCAGCAGCAUUGGCUCCUCUUCGGGAUCCCCAGCUAAGAUGGAUGGCGUGUCUCCGUCACCUGGCAACUCACCCCUCAACUUGCUGCAGGACCACUCCCCAAAGUGAGAGGAGGAUGGAGGGGCUUUGGAUGCCAAAAGGAGACCUGUGUUUGUGCUGUGUGUGGUCUUAAAUCGACCACUGCAUUUUCAUUUUUUUUUUUUGAGUCGGGACAUGUUUGGAUUUUUUUCCAAUUUGUUUAUAGGAAAGCGCUUCAACUUUUACUAAAAUGGCAAGAAUGAGAAAAGCUUUUUUUUUUUUUUUUUUUUAAGGAAAAAAAACCACUGUGGGUAUAUAUAUAUAUUUCUGCCAUUGAACUAGCUGCUGCCGUACUCAUUUCAGACAUAUGAGGUCUGGCCAGGAAGAGUGAGUGUUGGCACCAGCUGCUAAGUAUGGACUUCCUCUAAGGUGCUAACCCCCCCCCCCCCCCCCCCCCCCCCCCCCCCCCCC